AUGACUACUAUCGUAGCCCGACUCGUAGUCCUUGUUUUCUUCGGGCUAUCUUUAUCGGCAGUCGGUGGUGCUUAUGCAUCGGAUAGUAAUGACGAGGAGUCUGCCAUGAGCAGCCUGGCUAAGCUGUAUUGCGGUAGAGACAACUGCUAUGACAUUCUAGGCAUCCCUAGGGAGGCUACAGUGCAUGAUAUCAAACGAGCGUAUCGCGGGCUAGCACGAGUAUAUCAUCCCGAUAAGCAGAGUGUCGCACAGGACGCAGCAACGAGAGAGGAGGCACAGAUGAUGUUCAUUAAGAUUGCCAAAGCAUAUGAGGUGCUGUCCAACCCCAAGCUUAGAGAGGCUUAUGACCUAUAUAUUGACUAUCCAGAAUAUGCAGUGUACAAUUAUUACAACUAUUAUAACGCCGUGUACAAACCCCAAACGCCUGUAUGGAUAGUGGUUACGACAGUACUUGCACUGAUGUCUGCUUUACAGUACUUAAACGAUUCACUACAGUAUAAGAGGGUCACUAAUGCGGUGAGGAGGCAGAGGCAGUUCCAACAGCGUGUGAAAGACCGACUAGUUGAGGCAGCUGGCAGUGUGAGAGCACUUCGCAAGAUGGAGGAUGCUGAUAGGGAGCAACUAGAGAGGGAGGUAGAGUCGUAG